UGUCGCCGAAAGCCACGUACGUUAGACACCAACAUAAACAAUACUCUAUUUCUUCGAUAUUUCAAGUGCUGUCGAAUCCUGGACACCGUAACAAAUCGUGGUCAGUCUUCGGAAGUCAAGAUCUUAAUCCCCAAUAUGCCCCCGAGGAAACGCAAGGAGAGGAAACAUGUUGAAGAGGAGAAUCUAGACUCUGAAUUGAGCAUGCCUCACCUCCCCAUGCACACGUACCGCCCAGAGCGUUCGUUAGGGAAUGAUGAGGACGAUGUUCAAGGGGAGCCAAGCCAAUGUGACAGUUUACGGGGCGAUUAUACGAACAUCGCCGUCUUGUUAUUCCUGUACAUCAUGCAGGGAAUACCUCUCGGUUUAUCUGGGAGUAUACCUCUCAUUUUACAGAGCCGGAAGGUCAGCUACCGGGAGCAGGCCAUGUUCAGUUUCGUAUUUUGGCCAUUUAGCGUGAAAUUGUUGUGGGCACCAAUCGUUGACACGAUUUAUUCUGCAAAAUUUGGACGACGUAAAAGCUGGCUGAUUCCAACGCAGUAUUUGAUGGGCGCAUUCAUGCUGGUGCUGUCUGGAUAUAUCAGCUACCUUCUUGGUGAUGACGACCCAACGAAACCUGUCAGCGUACUGACUCUGACUGUGGUAUUCUUCAUGUUGUACUUCCUUGCUGCAACUCAGGACAUUGCUGUGGAUGGAUGGGCACUCACAAUGUUGUCAAAGCGCAAUGUUGGAUGGGCUUCGACCUGUAAUUCUAUUGGUCAAACUGUCGGCUACUCACUCGGCAAUAUCGUUUUUUUGGCUCUCGAGUCGCCAGAGUUCUGUAACACGUACUUGCGAUCUGAACCCCAGAAAGAUGGUCUUGUCACACUUGGAAGUUUCCUCUACUUUUGGGGCAUCGUGUUCAUCAUCAGCACAACUCUGGUGUGGAUAUUCAAACACGAGGAUAGGGAUGAGGAGAUUGAGGGCCUCUCCAACGUGUGGGGGACGUACCGGCAGCUUUAUAGUAUCAUCAAACUCCCUGCCGUAUUCGCUUAUGUUGGCAUACUGCUUACGGCAAAGAUGGGUUUUGCAGCGGCCGACUCGAUCACUGGUCUCAAGCUUAUCGAGAAAGGUGUCCCGAAAGAGAAGCUGGCAUUGUUGGCUGUCCCCAUGGUUCCCAUACAGGUCCUCCUGCCAAUCGUCAUUAGCAAGUACACUGCUGGACCAAAACCGAUGAACAUAUUCCUCAAAGCCAUUCCAUUUAGGUUAUUUAUGGGUUUACUCUUUGCUGGGAUCGUCUGGUGGACGCCAUCGACAAGACUACCAAACGGAGACUACCCUCUUUAUUAUUACGGGGUCCUUCUUGUUAGUUAUGCCUUUCAUCAGGUGGCGCUCUAUAGCAUGUUUGUCUCACUAAUGGCAUUCAACGCGAAGAUUAGCGACCCAGCUAUUGGAGGCACCUAUAUGACUUUGUUGAACACUGUCGCAAACUUAGGUGGCAAUUGGCCAACGACGAUAGCGUUAUCUCUGGUAGAUAACUUCACGUGGAAGUCAUGUAUUGGUGCUAGUGGGUCGUGUGAUACUGGCGAUCUCUCAAAGGUGUGCGAAAAAGAUGGCGGUUCUUGUAUGAUAACAACAGAUGGAUAUUACAUUGAAUCGGUCGUGUGUGUGAUAAUUGGGAUCGUGUGGCUGGUGAUGAGGUCACGGGCUGUGAAGAAUUUACAGACUUUACCCGAAAGUGCAUGGACGUGUAGCAGUUCAACUGACAAAGGGGAUAAAAGUUGAUCAAAGAGACAUUUAGGCGUUUUAUGAUUUUGAUAACAGUAAAACUUGCUCUAGAGAAAUACAACUAGGACAGCAUUCUAAAUUUGGCAUUGUGGUUAUAAGCUUCCUAGUUUGAAGUAAGUAGACUCGAAGUGCACCAAAGAAAGCUACACUGGUCCAUGAAGUCUGCCAUUUACAUUACAGUGUGACGUCACAAGACUGUAUAUUACAUCGUAACGACCUCUGUAUUGCAUCAUUUUUGCAACUGCCCAACCAGUUGAUGAUGUCUUUCUUGGAUUUCGAAUCUAUAGGUAAUAAAGGU